AUGGAUGUCAAGCCGGCCGUGUUUGAAGCGGCAGCAGCACAUCGAAAACACGGUAAAGAAUUAAUAGGAUGUCUUCUCGAGAGUCGACAGAAACACCAAAUUCAGAUCACAGCAAAUGUACUCGAAGCUGCUGCAAGGAAUAAGGGAAUAGGGAAGGAAAUAAUGGAAUUACUCCUAGACCGCCUGGGAAACAAGGCUGAAAUAUCUGAAAAUUUGGUCAAAAUUGCGGCAAGUAACUGGAAGAAUACUGAACUAAUGGCAUUACUUCUCAAAAAACAUAGAAACCUGAUCAAGAUCACAAAGGAUGUGGUUAGAGUUGCCAGAAAGAGUAAAAAUGGAGAGAAAAUGAUGGACUUGCUCAUGUCAGAGCUAGAGCGUCGAAGUCAAUUUGAUGGCCAACAUGGUCCCCAAACAGCUGCAUGGAAUGGUAUCAAGAAGCAGCUCCUAGCAGAUCAAGCUAGUGCGAAUUGUGCAAAUCGCUGGGGAUGGACACCGCUUCACGCAGCAUCUUGGCAUGGUGAUAACGAAGCUAUCGAGCUGCUUCUUUCUAAAUAUGCCGUCGAUACGUUAUCCGUGAAUCAUGAUGAGUGGACUGCGUUAGAUGCAGCAUUUGCCAAACAACACAUGGCUAGCGCUCAACUUCUCCUGAAACAUGACUAUACCGCUGCAGGGAACUUUACUCCAACAGGUUUUAGUGAGACUAGAAAAUCAAAUGCUCUAAAACUUAGCGAUGAUAAGCUAGAGGUGAAUUACAUUGGAAGGGGCAAAGGUGAGGGUGAGUGA